AUGACGUAUUGUUGUGAAGCUGUUAUCACUUCCCCACAAUCGGUGGUUAAUAAACUUGAAGUGAUGCAAAACCAAGCUCUUCGCUUGAUUACAGGAGCUAUGAAAUCCACGUAUAUCGUUGCGAUAUUAUUGUUGUCAGGAAAUAAAACUUUCCGGGAUAUUAUGAAAAUGAGGGCCUUGGUUCUCUUUGAAAAGCUACUGCGGAUGGAGGAUUCCUACAGGAGUGACUACGUAGUGAAGCCUAAAAAAUUAAACACCCAAAAUGAAUUUAUUCAAAAAGACCUGGACAUGAAGAAAGAUCUUGGGAUUCCAGGUAAUAUACAAUCUGUCUUGACAACCAGAAGCCCUUUGGAGGUGAUUAAUAUCGAAGUAAGUCUAGAUACAGUGGAAACCAUCCAUAGAAAGAGAGAUGUUGCACCAAGCGUUUUGAAAUGUCUCGCUUUGGAGACCAUUGCGUUUAGAUAUCCACCUAUUCAAUGGCUGCCCAUUUUUACUGAUGGUUCUCAGUUUGACUGUCUUUUUAAGGUUGGGGCUGGUGUGUUUUCAAGUCUUUUUUCAUUCUACACCUCUGCAGGUUACAUUGGUACCUCCUUUGAUGGUGAAGUACUAGCCAUCUGUAUAGACCUACAGCAAUCAUUACAAGUUUGCAAGGGCAGUCAUUUUUUCUGA